CUUGGCCCCCUUUCAGCUUCAAGUAAAACCUACUGCAACCUCCGACUGUCCAACACACACACACACACACACAAGUCAUUGAGUUGCAUGUUCUUUUCCUUCCCCCCUACCCCCCAAAAACGCGAAAACCACACGUCCGUCACGACACUCGGACGUAUCGAACACGGCCCAUCGUAAAUGGAGUAGGGGUUCGAUUAAUGAUGCACGGGAUAUUCUUGUCAGGCGUGUGUGUGCUCUGUGUGUACGGAGUAUGGUUCAACCCAAUCCUGGGAAAGCCAGUGCUGCAGGCUGUAGCAAGUCUUUCUCACAGUUCAAUUACCCAUUCUCGGCACGUGCGCCCGGCCUACUACGCCCCCCCCAGAAACUUGAUACUUCCGGCCUUUGCAGGAACGGACGCUAAAGGGGGGGGGGGGGGAAGGGGAAGGGUUGCUGAGACUUUUGCAAGAGGACCUUUUUUUCCCAAGCUUCCAUCCUGCUUCUCCUGCUUCAUGUCAAAAAAUUGGAAACUGCAAAGGAACUAGUAGGAGACUUGUACGGUGUCAUCCAACCCUUUGAUCGAUCCAUCGUACGGGUUUGAUCUCGUCGUGGUGUGUCCCAUUUCGGCGAGCGCGUCUUGCCA